GAAUUAAUAUCAGAAAAGUUGAAACCGCAUUGAACAGUUUGAAGAGCAACUCUACAAGAACAAAAAGGCGUGCAAGAUACAAUGCGUYUCACAGUGUUAGCAUGUCUUUUCGUCAUUGCCUAUGGCAAACCAAACACAGGCUUACAGAAACGUAGUGCCAACCCAUGYGGGAUGAGUUGUCCAAUGUCAUGCGCUCCUGCAUGUACUACAUWUUGCUGUUCACCACCACCACCACCRCCGCCUCCUCCACCACCAGUUAUGUGCUGYCCACCACCGCCACCCCCGCCAUGCCCGACACCAUGUCCAAUUCCAGGGCCACCAGGGCCACCUGGAUGCAUGGGACCACCAGGACCUCCUGGAUGCACUGGACUAACUGGAUGUCCAGGACCAAUUGGAUGUCCAGGACCAGUUGGACCAGUGGGACCUAUGGGACCACCGGGAUGCCCCGGUGCUCCUGCACCACCUGCACCUCAAUGUCCACCAAUCUGUAUUCACCACUGCAUGAAGAUUUGUCCAUUGCCAUGCUGUCGACCUGCUCCUCCUCCAGCACCAUGUCCCAUUCCAUGUCCCAUACCAUGUCCAGCUCCUCCUCCGGUGACCAUCUGUCCACAACCWUGUCCACCGCACAUGGGCAAAAAGUAGAGAUAUCAAUGACAAGAAAGAAAUGUUGUUGAGCAGUUCGAAGAUAUUAAGUAGAACAGCAAUAGUUUGUUAGUUUUAUUUAAGGAUUAUAACAGUAAAUAUAUAUAUCGUACACAUUGUACAUUGUACUACCAAGGGAAGUGAGAUAUAAGAGGAAGUUUAGCCUGAUACAAAAUGGAGCGAAGAUAUAAAACUCGUGAAAAAAUUAAGAAUUUGCGAAUAAAUCAAGUUAAACAGACACUCAAAUAAUUUAAAGUUAACGAAAUAAAAUACUUUUGUGCGAUUCUAUCAUUGUAUAACAUAUCUAUGAUUCAUAAUAUUAUAAAUUUCAAUCUAUGAUGAAYUUAAGGAACUUUUCUCUUAUGCAACACUUUCUCUUAUAAUCAAUCGUUGAUGUAUGACUACAUAUGUGAAAUUGUAACAAAAGUUAAAAUAAAAUCAUAGAUAAACGUU